GAGAGGAACGACAGCCUCAUGAGUCAGUCGGAGGUGUCACGCAUUUGACCACGAUGGACGUUGUCCGGCUCCAAAACCCCAGCCACCCCUCGGCCCUCCUCCGGAAGGCGGAUCAGAUGCGGCAGGCUGGGACCUUGUGCGACGUGGUGAUUGUGGUGGACAGCCAGGAGUUUCAUGCUCACCGCACCGUGCUGGCGUGCACCAGCAAGAUGUUUGAGAUCCUCUUCCACCGCUACAGUCAGAAAUACACGCUGGACUUCCUGUCGCCAAAGACUUUCCAGCAGAUCCUGGAGUAUGCCUACACCGCCUCACUCCAAGCUAGGAUCGAGGACCUGGAUGACCUUCUGUAUGCUGCCGAGAUCCUGGAAAUCGAGUACCUGGAGGAACAGUGCCUGAAGAUCCUGGAGAACAUCCAGACCUCAGACGAGAAGGACACGGAGGUCCUGGAGAAAGACUUUCACCACAGGGGAAGGCAGGGAACGGAGCCAGUGAAGGAGGGCAGCGAUGACAGCCCGGCCAGAAAGUGCUGGCCCCAGGCCGACAUGGUGGAGCAGAGUCCCUCAGUGUCCACCUCUCUGGGUCUGUCCCCGAUGAGUCCCACCCGGGCAGCCAUGGACAGUCUGAUCAUCAUCAACCAGUGUCUCCCUCACGGUGAGCCGCAGGAUGGCAUCACGGGAGACGUGCCCCCCCCGGAGAAGCCGGCGGGCCGGGAUAGUCCGAGGGAGUCUGAGCCCAGCUCGUCCUGUGGCGGGGAGGCAGACCUAAGCAGAGGCCUUCCCACAACCCCCACCAGGGGCAGCGUGAUAACAAGCGCCUGGGCGAUGAGCCACGGGAGGGGGGAGCCGCCCCAGGCGAUGGAGAGCGACCCCUGCCCUCCUUCUCCGUUCCCUGCCCCUCCUAACCACCAGGACGGUCCCCUGUCACCCCAGAGCAUGCGUCCUGCACUUACCCUUGAGAUGAGGGCCUGUAGGUCCCUCCUGCCCCCUGGCUUUGCCCACAGGGACUUUCUUAGCCCUGGGGAGCUGGUCCCUGGCCGGGCUGCUGACACAGAAACGCAGGGCGGGCAGUUCGGCACGUGCGGGUCGGAGCCGCUGGACGGCAGCACCGCAGAGCAGCACGGGAAGCUACACGGAGGAAUGAAAACGUACGGCUGUGAGCAGUGUGGGAAGUACUUCUUGGACAGUUUGCGCCUGAGGAUGCACCUGCUGUCUCACUCAGCCGUGUUGAAGGCCUUCAGCUGUGACCAGUGUGGUGCUCAUUUCUCCCAGGAAGAGGCCCUGAACUCACACAGACAGACACACUCAGAGGACUCCUGGCAAAAGAGAACAGGAAGCACUCCCCCUGCUGGUCCAGACGUGGCUGUCUUCUGCCUGCUUUGCGGAAAGCGAUUCCAGACGCAGUUGUUGCUGCAGCAGCAUAUGGGCGUUCAUGCCCGCGCACGGAGCUACACCUGCAGCCAGUGCGACCGCACCUUUCCCAGCCACACCACACUGAGGCGCCACCUGCGCUCCCACACAGGUGACCACCCAUUCGAAUGCGAGUUCUGUGGCAGCUGCUUCCGGGACGAGGCCUCGCUGUGCGGACACAAGCGGACGCAUACAGGGGAGAAGCCCUACGAGUGCAACGGCUGCGGGAAGAGGUUCAGCCUGAAGCACCAGCUGGAGACUCACUAUCGCGUGCACACAGGCGAGAAGCCCUUCGAGUGCAAGUUGUGCCACCAGCGCUCGCGGGACUAUUCAGCGAUGAUCAAACACCUGCGCACACACAACGGCGCCGCUCCCUACCAGUGCACAGUGUGUCUGGAGUUCUGUCCCAGCCUGUCCGCCAUGCAGAAGCACAUGAAGGCUCACAGGGCAGAGGACGUUCCCCCAGACUGGAGGAUAGAGAAGACCUACCUGUACCUGUGCUACGUGUGAACAGAGGAGGCGGAGGGAAUCUGUGCAACGACAGCCCUAAGGGAGGAGGAGUGCUGUUCCCAUGUUUAAGUCUGACUCUCAAGCAUUUAAAGUGAGAUCUCCCCCCUAAAAGAAGAUCCACAGACAUGAAAGGGGGCGGUGAAGAUGAACUAACGGAGCUUUCUGCCAUUUAACCCGCGUUUGAUGGAGUUUCGACAAGCAAUGACAGAUUCACGGGCAAGCAUGUCCGCCAUGAUCUCCACAGUGCAGUUUAUCUCAAUCGAAACCACCGCUUGUCCUGACGGGGUAGCAGUGAUGUUUAGCAGCACCAGCCAUCUGUCCUCUACCUAGUUAAAGUUACUCCUUCCCCCCCCCCCAUUCCCCUCACUCCAUUUCUAGAGGUCAAACUUCCUCUUUCAGACCUUUGAGAUCAGCCCCCAGUCCCUGCCAUCAGCUAUCUCUUAGGGACAUCCCAGUUCUGAAUGAGGUAUAUAAUUUUUCAAAACGACCCAGCAAUUUCUCCAAAGAAUACUGACGUGGUUCGCUGCAUUACCAGGUUGAUGCGUUUUGAAAGACGCCUCUCUUGCUCACACCCCGACGUUCCGUUUGCUCGGCUGAUCACUCGUGCAUUUGUUUGUUGUCGUUUGUUUUGUGGCCUCAUCUGAUGCUUCAGGAAUUCUUAUUUUGCACAUUGUUUGCCUGCAAUGUUUAUAUAAAUGAUUGCAAAAGGCAGUAACGAAAUUAAGAAGCCAGGGUUGUAUCUCCUGGCACCCUCGUCCUAUUAUAUGAAUUUGGGAAUGGGGAAAUAAAUGGCUAAAACCCUAAAAAGCGGAAAAAGCUUACAAUGUCUUUGCAGAUUAAUAUGAUUAAUAUCUGCACAGCAGUGUGUGAUAGUAUGAAUGCACUGGAUAGUGAUUGCAGAAAUAAGAUGAUGAUCUUUUUAAGAUGAGAAUAUGCGUUUUUUCUGUUAGCACAAACUCUUUAUAUGUUUUCAACUUUUUCGCUAUUGAUAAAAUUAAUAUUGUGUAUUUUUAUUACUGUUUUAUUUUCUUAAUUUGAUUUUUUUGGUAGAUUCUUGCAUUGUAAUUAUGAUGAUGUGGCAAAACUGAAUGCCAGCUUGAGAAGCGAAGCAGUUUCUACUUGAAAUUUAAGGUGUGAACAAGCUGUAGUGUCAGAGGAAACGAUCCUGUUUUAAGCUGAUGAUUCAGGCCAUUGUGGCUUAAACGAGUUGGAAGGCUUCUUAGAACAACUAACAAGGGUCAAUUAACCCUAACCACUAUCACUUGCCCUUGUAUGUCGCUUUAAUCUAAAAGGAGGAAAUGUUACUCAGCGUGAUUGUACAGUAAUCGUCUAAUAAUUAAUUAAAAUGCCAUAAAUUUUCUUUCAUAAUUUACUCAAUUUCCAUGUGUUUCUGUAAGCAAGAGCUGGGUCAUUAGUGUUCACAUUUCUCAAGCGAUUUGUAAUAAUUAUGAAUAUUUUAUAUAUACAGUGAAAUGUUUGUAGAGGUAUUUUGGUUAUGAUCAUAUAACUGAAUAUUUGUGGGGGAGCAAAGGAAAUGGAGUACUAUGGAAUCUCUGCUGUGUGAUGUGUUCUAGAACAAUCUAGAACGGGUAAUUGCUGUUGUAAAUAGAACAUUGUAGGAUGGGUAACCAUUUUAUGCAGUGCUGCUGGGCAUGUGCUGUUUAUUAAAUUUAUUUAGUAAUGAAUCACCACAAAUGUCUGUUCUCUUAUGUCUUAUCUCUACAGACCAGUAGCCCUUUUGGGCUCAGGAAUAUCUCCCCUUUCUGUCUUGUCUAUGGCUUUAAUUCUUGUGGGACAGCACAUGUGGCAGUCAGGUUGGUUUUUUUUGUAUAAAGAACAUAUUUUAAUUUGUUUUAGUUGAUCUACCUCAGCACCUUCAGCAUCGUCACCCCUGUUUAGGUGAACGAAUAUUGCUCUUUAUAGCCUCACAAGGUCACAGACCUUUCUGACGCCAAAAUGACUAAUUGUGUAUAGGUGUGUUUGUGAUUGCCAUUUCCGGAAUUUUCGAGUGUAGAUGUAGUGCUGUUCUUCACAGUGUCAUCUGGGUUCUGGAGAAGCAAAAAGCGAUGGAACGCUGCAGGCUUUCCUCUGUCUUUCUGCGGAGGCUACCUGUGCCUUCAGAAGUACACAGAUUUUCUACAACCAGCCUAACAGUAGAUUGUCCUGUAGUGAACGUCCCUUCAAUUUUGUCUUUAUGAGCAAAAUUCAUUGGAUUCUUUUAUCUGCACUUAAAAUAAAAUAAAGUCUUAAAUUCCAGUUA